GAGAUUGCGAAACUGUCAAAGUCAAAUCUAAUGAAUGACUCCAUCCGUAGUUAUUUUGAUUAAUUAUUUUUGUAUAUGAUUUUACUUUAUUUCGUUUACUUAAUAUUGUUGUGAUAACAUUCUUAUGAAAAUACAUAAAAUAGUGAAGUUUUGUUAGUAUUGUCCCAGUUUAAGUGUUCUAAAUCAUGGAAGAUAUAUUUCAGUGGUGCAGGGAAGGAAAUGCUUUGCAGGUGCGAGUCUGGCUGGAUGAUACUGAACAUGAUAUGAAUCAGGGAGAUGACCAUGGGUUCAGCCCUUUACACUGGGCCUGCAAAGAGGGUCACAUCAAAAUUGUGGAGAUGCUCAUGAAACGAGGAGCCAGAAUUAAUGUCACAAAUAUGGGUGAUGAUACUCCGCUGCACCUGGCCGCUGCACAUGGGCAUAGGCCUAUAGUUCAAUUGCUCUUACAAAACCGUGUGGACGUCAACUUCACAAACGAGCACGGCAACUCGCCGCUACACUACGCGUGCUUCUGGGGCUACAGUGCGAUCGCGGAGGAUUUGGUGCUGGCUGGUGCACUCGUCUCGCUGGCUAAUAAGGAUGGUGAUACACCGUUAGAUAAGAACAAGGGACAAUUGGUGCAGAGACUCCAUGAGCUAGCAGUGAACCAAGGGCAGGACCUAAAGAAGAUUCAAUUCAAGGAUCAAUCGUGGCUCGGUCUUAAGACAAGAAGCAGGGACGCAACAUUAUCUCGUCACAAGGGUAUCAACAUCAACGAGCUGGCUUUGCACACUCGUAUUGCUGUCACGCCAUCUGGUGAAACAUGGCGCGGUCGUUGGCAGAAGAAUGAUAUAGUAGCGAAAAUUGUAGCCGUGCGUGAAUGCACGCCUAGAAUACAACGAGAUUUCAACGAAGAGUUCCCGAAAUUGAGGAUCUUCUCACAUCCCAACAUUUUGCCUGUGGUGGGUUGCUGCGUAUCCCCACCGUCUCUAGUGGUGAUAUCACAAUAUAUGUCGUGGGGAUCUCUAUACUCGUUACUGCACGGUGGUGCUGGAGGGCGGGUGGUAGUGGAUGCAGCUGCAGCACUCCGUCUCGCAAGAGAUGUAGCUGCGGGUAUGGCGUACUUGCAUUCGUUGCAAAGAGACCGCGUACUGCCUACGUAUCAUCUGAAUAGUAAACAUGUUAUGAUCGACGAGGACCUAACAGCUCGCAUAAACAUGGCGGACUCGAAGUUCUCGUUCCAAGAGCGCGGGCGAGUGUAUGCCCCGGGCUGGAUGUCGCCCGAAGCCCUGACGAAGCCGUGCUCCAAGCGCAACUGGGAGGCGGCAGACAUGUGGAGCUUCGCCGUGCUGCUGUGGGAGCUGGCUACCAGAGAGGUGCCAUUCGCUGACCUGUCUCCAAUGGAAUGCGGCAUGAAAAUAGCCCUCGAAGGGCUCAGAGUUACCAUUCCACCCGGCAUUUCGCCUCACAUCUCGAAAUUGAUCAAAAUCUGCAUGAACGAAGACCCCGGCAAACGACCAUCUUUCGAAAUGAUUCUGCCGAUUUUGGAGAAAAUGAAACGUUAAACUGGCAACAUUGUAAGUCUUGCCUAUACGAAAUUGGCGCAAAUCGUUUAGGCAAGUAUAAUUCUCUUAUGUCUCCUCUACACUACUCGCGAAGUUGAACGAGGUUAGACGAAUAUAAUAAUGUAGAGAGGCAGUUCGUCUUACUUCGUCCAACUUUACCUCGCCUCGGCCGACUUCCGUUUGUUGUCGGUUUUUG